AUGGGGGACCCAAAUUCUCGCAAGAAACAGGCUCUGAGCAGACUGCGCUCUCAGCUAAGAAAGAAGAAAGAGUCUCUAGCUGACCAGUUUGACUUCAAGAUAUAUAUUGCCUUUGUUUUCAAAGACAAGAAGAAAAAGUUGGCUCUGUUUGAAGUGGCUGAUGUGAUACCAGUUAUGGCCAAUAAUUAUGAAGAAAAUAUUCUGUAUUCCAGCUAUUCCUUGGAAAGUUCCCUUGAGCUUCUACAGAAGGAUGUUGUACAGCUUCAUGCACCAUGCUACCAGUGCAUGCACAGCAAUGUAAUUGGAUGCACUCAGGAGAUGGACUUUUUUCUUUGGCCACGAAAUGACAUUGAAAAAAUUGCCUGUCUUCUCUUUUCAAGAUGGAAGGGAUCUGAGGAGCCCUUUAGGCCUGUUCAGGCCAAAUUUGAAUUUCAUUCUCUAAAUUCCAGAAGAAUAUGGACUCAUGCUCAGAACACUUUUGCUGCAUACCUCCAUAUAUUCCCCACAGAGGGUCCACAGAUGCAAAUAUAG